AUGGCGGCGACUGUACCGACGACGGCGACGGAGCUGGAGGUGCUGUGGCAGAAGGCGGCGCAGUACAUGGAGCAGCUGGGGGCGGACCUGUCAGAGCAGCCAUCCAACGAAUCGGUGGUGUGGCCGUUGGGCGGCGUGGCGACAUACCUGACCACCAUCUUCGUGCUCUGGCUCUGGAUGCGCAACAAGCCCGCCGGCACGUUCGACAAGGCCCUCCGCUGGCCCCUGGUCAUCCACAACUACAUCCUCUGCCUCUUCUCGCUGGCGCUGGUCGUCGGCAUCGGCUACCGAGUAGUGACCAUCUACACAUCGUGCGCCCACGGCCUCUACGCCGUCUACUGCGGAUGCACCGAGGCGCCGGAGCUGAGCAAGGCCAUGACCUUCUGGGCCUACCUCUUCUACCUCUCCAAGUACUACGAGCUGUUCGAUACCGUCUUCCUCGUCCUCCGGAAGCGGCCGCUCACCUUCCUCCACGUCUACCACCACGCCAUCGUCAUGCCCAUGUGCUGGUUCGCCAUCAACCAAGGCAUCAUCAUGGGCUGGAUCACCUGCUUCAACAACGCCUUCGUCCACGUCAUCAUGUACUACUACUUUGCCGAGCAGGCGCGCGGCGCCGGCCCGAAGUGGUGGCGCAAGUACAUCACCACGAUCCAGAUCGUGCAGUUCAUGCUCGACUGCGGCACGUCGGUCUUCUUCGGCUACUUCUGGUACGUCGGCACGCCGUGCCACGGCACCAUCGAGGCCUGGGUCGCCGCCAACGCCAUCGGCAUCUCCUUCUUCUUCCUCUUCCUCAACUUCUACGUCAAGCAGUACACGGCCGACAAGCGCGACCGCGCCACCAAGCAGAGGAAGCAGGAGUAA